AUGACUGCUGAAGAGAUUUCCCCUUCACAAGGCGGAGAAAACACAGCUACGGAUUCCAAAGAAAACAUGCAAAACUCAAAUACAGCUGAAGAGAUGAAAAAUCAAACUAAGCCUUUGAUGCAGCCCUACAGCAACUGUGAGGAACACCUGACUUCUGCACCACUCUCUAUAGCCAUACUGGGAGAACUGGUCUUCAUCUCCUCAGAAACAGAUUUCUCCAUCAACAAAAACCCACCCAAGGACGGCUACAAGUACAUCAGAUACCCAGAUUCAUUCCGCGCCUGUCUCAUGCAAGUGUGUAACUCUGGCUGGGGGGCUUUUAAUGACGCCCACAAGAACAUGGAUCAGAUUCGUCUCCACACCAUGAAUGUCCCGAACUACAUGAAGACUGCUGUAAAGAUUCUGUUCCAGGGAAAUGAUGAAGUUGCUCAAGCUCAUCUUCCUUAUCAGCUGGAGAACAUUCGUGUCAUUGCAGAUGACUGUCUUGAUCUGGCUGCAUCAACAGAGAAGCGUUUCACUGAUGUCAUCAAUAUUAUCCAGGAGCUGCUGGAAACAUGUGUAAAUGCUGAGCACUUUUAUGGAGAAGAGUUAGACAUGGUAAAAAACAAACUGGAGGAAAACAAAAUCAGAAAACAAUCAUCAGAAGAAGCUGUUCUAGAAACACGCAGUGAUACACAAGGUUACAUCACAUCUGCAGACGAAGUGGAUAAAAUAAACAUCUACAGCAAAUCUGCAGAAAUCUUGGCUUGUGCUGAGAUGUUUCAGCGGUUUGUGCAUGACUCCACCAUUGACUGGAGAAGUCUACGCGUGCCCAAGAAAUAUGUGAAGCGGCCAUUGGCAUCGGUGAUGAACUGGCAAAAUAUGCACCAGAGGGGAAAUGUGAAGAAAGAUGUCUCAAAAGCUCCAAUGAUGUUUAAAGAGGAGAGUAAAUCUGAGAAGAAAAGUGCUUCAGAAAGGGCAUCAGAGAACGCCAGGUUCCGCAUAGAACAGAGCCGAGCUCAGUUGAAGGAAACCAGAGGAUUCUACGAGAGGAGUGUGGAGAACAUGGAGAAGAACCAAAAAGAACUGACUGAACUCCUGAUCAGCAUGAGAAACUGUGGAGUCAAGGAGAUAGACUUCAACACCAUCAUGCAGAUGCUGGUAAAAGGGAUGGAUGCGAUGGGGAGGGUGAAGGAGCAGUGGGAAAAGAUGGUGCAGUUAUUUUCCAUGGUGUCCAACAUCGUGAAAACCAGUCUGACCAGAACUCUCAAAAAUUUUGUUUCCACAUCUGAGAACACUCAAUCUCUCUACUACUCAAAGCUCUUCUCAAAAGAUCUGCAACAGGCCACGAACAUCGCCAGCCUCGGUCACAUGAUCUCAGCAACCUACACUGACGUCUCUGGGAAGUAUCUGAUGGAUCGGGUCAGCUCACUGGGAAAACUUAUGACCAUGGAUAAAGAAAAGCCAGAGUUUAAACAGGAACGUCUGCAGCUACAGAACUCCUGUGAUGAAGCUCAGAAAGCCAUUUUGCGUCUCGUCCUGAAAAAUAAGAAUGACUUUGAAAGAAAGACCAACGUAAGACUGGAGAAGAUCGAUAAAGAGUAUUCAAGCAGCUGUUGA